AAGGUUCCUACGACGAAAGUAGCAGGAUGAUGUUGAGUAUCUUGACCAUUUUCGCCAUCCUCCGUGUGACUGUGGGAGAUCAUGAGCUCACUACGGCUAAAGCGAGAUUCGAGGAGCACAAGGUCGUUCCGGACGUAGUUCCCGUGGCACCUCCGACAACUGUCGAGGUUGACUACGGGAACGGCGUCUCGCUUCAUCUCGGCAACGUUCUGACCCCGACCCAGGUGAAAUCUCCGCCCAAGUCUCUUUCUUGGGAAGCAGAGCCCGGUGCAUUGUACACGCUCCUCAUGACAGAUCCCGAUGCUCCAUCCCGAGAGAACCGGACCAUAAGUGAAGUGAAGCAUUGGCUGGUAGUGAAUAUUCCCGGGACUGCCGUCAAUCAAGGAGAGGAAAUAGCUGGUUACAGGGGGUCCGGACCGCCUAAGAACACAGGCCUCCAUCGUUAUGUCGUACUUGUGUACAAACAGCCGACACGGCUCGAGAUUACCGAAAAGAGAGUUCCAAGCUCUUCUCGUGAAAAUCGCUAUAAAUGGAGUGCCAGCAAAUUCGCUGCGCAGUACAACCUUGGAGACCCCUACGCAGGAAAUUUCUACCAGGCCGAAUGGGACUCGUACGUGGACACCAUUCCAAAAUGAAGGGCACGAAUAAGACCCAUCAAUAUUUUCUGAGAUAAAACUGCUGUUUAAUCCCU